AUGAUGCUGCAGUACCGGCUGCUGCCAGCACCGUCUCCAUCGCCAUGGGUGCCCAGAGCCACAUCCUGGGCUGUGCGGUUCCACUUCACACUGAGCAGGCAGCAGUCCUGCCGUGUUUCACCACCUGGCACGGAGGCCGUGGAGAUGGCUGCACUGGCUCAGAGCAUCCUACUGACAGGGUCCAACCGGGGCAUUGGGCUGGAGCUCGUGAGGCAGCUCACCGCCAGCCUCUGGCCCCUCCAGCACAUCUUUGCCACCUGCUGUGACCCCGAGGGUCUGAGAGGAAAGGCCCUGCAAAAAUUAGCUGCCCAGCACCCCAGCAUCAAACUGGUCCAUUUAGCAGAAACAGUGAACUUGCCCAGCAUCCAAGGGGCUGUAUGGGCUGUGGGGUCUCAUCUGAAGGACCAGGGGUUGAACCUGCUCAUCAACAACACAGGCAUCAGCUUGCAUGCCAUGCUGCGCUCCCUGGAUUCACAGGAGAUGCUCUCUGUGUUUGUUACCUAUGUGGUUGGGCCACUCCAGGUCACCAAGGAAUUUCUGCCCCUCCUGGAGAAGGAAGCGAAGGGCACGGGGAAGGAGGGGCUGAGCUGCACCAGGGCUGCGGUCAUAAAUGUCUCCACUAAGCUGGGAUCCAUCGGGCUGUGCCUUGGGGUGCCAGAGCCUCCUCCCACGUACCCAUACCAUGCCAGCCAGGCUGCCCAGAACAUGGUGACAAGGUGCAUGGCUGCAGAGCUCCAAGACAAGGGCAUCUUGUGCAUGGCCAUCCAUCCUGGCUGGGUGAAGACUGAUAUGGGGACGGAGAAGGCACUGCUGACAGUGGAGCACAGUGUGCGGGGCAUCCUGACCAUGCUGGCCAGCCUCUCGCAGGACACCUCUGGAGCCUUCCUGGACCGGGAAGGGAACAGCCUGCCCUGGUGA